UAUAUUGAUCUAUUAAUGUGUUCAUGCCAUUGAGUUGAAUAAUAAAUAGCUGUACUUAGAAUUGGUGUUUAGAAAAUUUCCCCUUAAAAUAUAUUAACAGUUAAAUAACUAAUUGGCCACGCUACCAAACUUUCCUCAUUUUAUCUUACAACUUAUAACUUCUAAGUAUUAUUUCUACUCAAGAUUUCCCCUCAUUAUAGUCUGGUCGAGAAAUUCAAUGGGACCCUUAAAUCCAUGCUUAAAAAAAAUCCAAACAGCCUACUGCCUGGGAUCGUUAGCUUCCUGCAGUCUUUGUUCACCUACCAAGAAGCUCCACAGGCGAGUUUGGGAUUUUCACCGUUCAAACUCCUGUAUGGAAGGGCGGUCAGAGGGCCGGCCAAUCACCAUUUUGCACCACUUGUGGGAUUGACAGCAGACUGAUGGUGUGAGUACUGCUUACCAAUACGUAUUUGAUUUAAAACAUAGCUAGAAAAUACCUGCAGGUUGGCUCAUUAAGAGGUACAGUAUGUAAUAUCAAGGAAAAUAUAAAUUCUACUAUGAUAAAGCUUCAGUUGAUAAAUAAUUUCAUGUGGGGGAUGACAUUUUGUUUCUCUUGCAUACAGUUUCAAACAUAUUGCUCGUAAAGUGAAAGGGUCCUUAUAAAGUUGUUAGGAAGAAAGGCCAAAUGGAUUAUGAAAUACAGAUGAAUGGGAAGACUAAUUUAUUUCAUGCUAACAUGUUAAAGAGAUGCAUUUCUAGGGUGGAAAAUGCUUCAGAAUCGUGUGCUACCAACGUGGAAGAAGUCUUUACAACGAUACUGGAAGAAUGCGACGAAAAGAAGGAACCUUCGGCUGUCUCUUCCUUCACUGGUCCAAAAGAAAACUCACCAGGAUGUCCGUGACUUUCACCCUGACCAACAACAGCAGGAUGAGGCCUUAUAAAAUACCUCAUGCUAUCAGAGGUGAGGUGAAUACGGAGAUAGCAGACAUGUGGGGAGCGGGCAUCAUAGAACCUUCAAGUUCUCCAUAUUCCACACCCAUUGUGGUUGUAAAAAGUCUGGGUUGCAGGAAAUGUUGGAGCAAACACACUUACUUUGGCAGAAAGUUUGGGGUUAGCAGAGAGAAUUUCAAGCAUCAACUAUAGCCACGUGUCCACAAAUAGGAUGAUUCUCGUAAAUUAGUUAUGACUGUACAUCUAUAUAUAAGUGUACCCUCGAAGAUCUGGACUUAAAGGGGGACCACCUGUCUGAAAAAGUCAAUUGUCUGUCUCUUCCGGCGAAUGUAACUAAAUGUAUAAAAACGAUAAAUAAUGACAUACAAGACACCAAAAAUACAGUACUGUGGUUUAUG